GAAUGGUGCAACUGGCCUGAUGAGCCAUUUGAAGAUAUGGAAAGUACUCUUGCCAUCCAGCAAUACAUUCAACAAGCAGUUAGAAGAGACUUCACCAAUGUAGAUGAAAUAUUAACCGCACCAGAGGGCCAAGAUGAAGGGGUCUGGAAAUAUGAACAUUUACGACAGUUUUGCAUGGAGCUCAAUGGAUUAGCUGUAAGACUUCAGGAGCAAUGUACACCUGAAACAUGUCUCCAAAUGACGGCGACCGAACAAUGGAUAUUCCUAUGUGCUGCUCAUAAAACGCCAAAGGAGUGCCCCGCAAUCGACUAUACUAGACAUACUCUCGACGGAGCUGCCUGUCUUUUAAAUACAGGUAUACUCACCUUAAUUAAUCAUGCCUACAGAGUAAGCAUGAAAGAGUCUUCCAUUGCAAAGCUGGGGUCAGUAUGUCGACGUGUUUACCGAAUUUUUUCUCAUGCCUAUUACCAUCACCGAGUUCUUUUUGAUGAUUUUGAGAAUGAAACUGCUCUCUGUAAACGAUACACUGCUUACGUCAUCAAAUACAAUUUGAUGAACAAAGAGAACUUAAUUGUGCCUGUUGCUGGACUUGGUGGGGUCGAGACUUCUGUCGUCAACACUGGCAAUGGAUCAGGUGAAAAGCAGCUCGCCAAUUGA